GUUGAGAGAAAGAAGUCGCCAACCAUUGCGAUGUCCCAGCAAGUUUCUUCCAUGAAUAGGAAAAACCUGCAGAAGCAGGCAGAAGCCCUGAGCCGACUCAUCAAGCAUUUUAGUAAGAGUGAAGUGGAGAGCCUCAUCCGGCUCUAUCAUACGUUGGUGGGGCGCCCUGGUGAUCCUAAUACAAGGCGCGGCAUUGACCGGAACACUUUCAGAAACAUCCUGCACAAUACAUUUGGCAUGACUGAUGAUAUGAUCAUGGACAGAGUAUUUCGAGGAUUUGACAAAGAUAAUGACAGCUUCAUCAGUGUUACAGAAUGGGUGGAAGGAUUGUCUGUAUUUUUACAUGGGACUCUAGAAGAAAAGAUCAAAUAUUGUUUUGGUGUUUAUGACCUGAAUGGUGAUGGCUAUAUCUCCAGAGAAGAGAUGUUCCACAUGUUAAAGAACAGCCUACUAAAGCAGCCAAGUGAAGAAGACCCUGAUGAAGGUGUAAAGGACUUGGUUGAAAUAGCAUUAAAAAAGAUGGAUUAUGACCAUGACAGCAAAUUGUCCUAUACAGAUUUUGAAAAAGCUGUACAAGAAGAAAAUCUCCUGCUAGAAGCAUUUGGGACUUGUCUUCCAGAUAGCAAAUGCAUUAUGGCUUUUGAAAGACAAGCUUUUACAGAAAUGAAUGAUAUAUAGAAAUGCUAUGCAAUCAGUACUGCAAUUUCUUCGGCCACAUACGGGAAUGAAUGGUGCCGGUCCACUGAUUGCAUCAGAACUGACAAUGAUCUGUACAACGGGCAACACUUUUUCUGAUAAAAGCAUCCAACAAUUUA